AUGAAAGAAAGCGAGCCAACAGCGUUAGAACAUCAUUCAUAUCUCAUUGAACACCAGGUCCUUGACUUUCUUGACAAAGAUGCGCCUUAUCAUGAAGUUAAGCAACCAGCGCUUCAUCCUGUUAUCACAAAGCAUAUUGUCAGUGACCAGAGCAGGCAAAAAGCCGUUGCUUCUCUUCAACAAACGCCGUCGUCUCUACCACUCCGCUAUCUGUCCUCACCACAAACACCACCUAAUAACCAUUCUUUAUUCAAUACCUUGCAACAGGGCAUUAACUACGACAGAGCCAGGAACGAGACCGAGACCGAGGUCAAGCCCUUUAGUAUGGAGCAUGAACCCUCACCACCUUCACAUCCACCUGUGGUUGAGCAAUGGCGAGGAGAUAUAAUCGACAAGACAGAACCCUCACCGUCGAUCCCUUCUAUCGACAAGAUACCACUCUUUCAAUUGAAUCAACAAAAUAUAGGGAAAGGAAUCACUUUUUCAUCCUCUAACGAUCCUCGACCUGUGACAGUGAAGGCGAUAGUGCAGAACGAAUCUUUGACUGAUGUUCGUAAAGAGCUCAUUGGGCAGCGAUCAAUGCAUCAAAGCCAAAAUCGAAGCCAAAACCAAAGCGAAGCAAGCGGCAGCAACAGUAUCGUCGCUACGAAUGAUGCCUCAAAGAACAACACAGAAUACAGUCUAGAUCCUCAUCCACGCACAACCCUGAUCCCUCUACCAACUACAGCAGCAACUCGAGGAAGCAGAGCGGAGAAUAGCAUGCUUCCUUCCAUAGAUUUACAAGUGGCGAAUGGCGUUGUCGUCAGUAGUGGCAUUUGCAAUGAUUUCAAGUACCCGAAUAGACCUUCAUUAACAAGUAUUGACUACAAGAGGCCAUCUCUCCCUGUGCGAUUAAAGAACUUAUCCUCGAGUGGCUCGACCUCACUAGGCAGGAGUCCUUAUCAUCUUUAUUCGUAUAACAAUAGCAGCCAUUAUCUACUUGGUACCUCUAGAACAAAAUCUCAAAAGAACAAAAGCACCUUGGCCUCUAUUCCAUGCUCUCCUGGUCAUCAGGUCCAUCCACAAGUUGAUCCGGGGCCUAUUCUAGGGGUUCGUCGUCCAAUCCGUACAAAACAAUAUCUUUUAUAUGAUGUGCCCUUUUAUGGUAUUGAAAAUGUCGACAUCUCUUCUAGUCGCCACGAUUUACUGAUGAGACAACAUUCUUUGGAUGGGCAUAACUCUGGCGAUGCUUCCCAUGCUAUUGCCAGUAUUAGUACUGCUGAUGCUAAUAAUAGUCCUAGCAUUGGAACUGAUACCAAUGUAGGUGCUGGGGCUGCUAGCCCAAGCUUGGCAGAGCACAGAGAACAUAUUUGGUUUAUUGCACAUGAGCAUGAGUAUGGGACAGAGGCGAGAGCCGAUGGCGGGGAUAUCAGUAAUGCGGCUGUAGGUAGCCAGGCAUUGCUGAAAGGCCGGCACAAGAGAUUUCAAAGAAGUGUUCCGAUUCAAGAAGUGUACACCAGUAAGAGCAGUAAUAGUAGCUCUGCCCCACAACCCAAAGACGUAAGCUUUGCCUCACAGGGAGGAAUGCUUUCACCACAAGAAACUGGUUCGUCGACAAUCUCAAAGAUAACAACGACAUCUACAAGGCCUAGUGGAGCAAGUAGCGAGGGUCCUACUGCUGAAGGAACAGGUGAUGGCGCUGAGGAUCUUCUUGAUCAACCUCGACGACAGCAACUUCAGGAUGGUUCACUGAACCAGAUACCACACGUGAGUCAGGGAGUCUAUGGUCCAGAUACAUUCGCUGAGUAUCUUUUGGAAAGUAGUAAACCGCCAAAUUCACCACAGAGGCAUCGAAGGCGGUAUUCAAGGGCGAUGAACCAACACUGGAAAAACUGUCUAUGUUUCUUGGUGUUCGUAGCUGUGAUAGUGGUGGUACCUUUAAUGGUGAUUCGUAAAGGGCCUUCCUCCUCCUCUUCUUCUUCAGACCCCAGCCAGCAUAACUGA